CAAUGCGGGGAUAGGGUGGAAAAGAUUUUAUCCCAUCCAUCAAACUUCAAGCUCGAUGGCAACGAUGUUGGGACCAAACCAAUCCCGGACUUGUUCCGGCGCCACUGAUGGAAUACGACAUCUUAAGUACUAUGGUAACUCGGUAAGUCGUCUUUUCGAGUCCAAGCUCUCGUUGGAGCGAUGAAUUAUGGAUCGGCAAUGGUUCCGGCUCCACGUCUGAGGAAAAUGGUUAAGUUGGCUAUCCUCCGUUUUCGCUCGUAAUCAUAUGGACAUGACUGGACUCGCAUAAUGGAAAAUGCAUUUGCCCCGGAUUGGAACCCCCAUGGGGUGAAAGUUUAGGAUCCAAGUCCGCGUCUAACAUUGAAUGUUCUCAUUGGUAAUUUAAGAUCCUCUUCCCUCCUUCUUGAGUCUGGUUCUUCCUCAUUCUUCAACCCGAAAAAUUCGGUCACGAUCCAUCAUGGGAAUCCUCACAUUGGUCGAAGAUCGACCUACCCCAAAGGCAGUCUACAACUGGAGAGUCUAUGCAUGUGCGGCGGUUGCAUCUUUCGCAGCAUGUAUGAUCGGAUACGAUUCGGCCUUCAUUGGCACCACACUCGCCCUGCCGUCCUUUGAGGAUGAAUUCGGCUUCAAGUCGAUGUCUGCGGAUCAUUUGGGUCUGAUCAAAGCCAAUAUUGUCUCGAUCUACCAAGCGGGAGCAUUCUUCGGUGCAUUAAUCGCCUAUGUGACCUCCUUCUUCUACGGGAGGAAAAAUUCCCUCUACAUCUUUUCUCUCGUCUUUAUCCUUGGGGCCGGUCUGAUGAUGGGUGCGAAUUCCGAAAGAGGGUUGGGACUAAUGUAUGCAGGUCGCGUGCUUGCUGGGCUGGGGGUUGGCGGAUCAUCCAUGGUUGUGCCCAUCUAUAUAAGCGAACUCUCUCCACCUGCCAUACGGGGUCGAUUGGUCGGAAUCUAUGAGCUUGGGUGGCAGAUUGGUGGCCUGGUUGGCUUCUGGAUCAACUACGGCCUCACGGAGACAAUGGCACCCAGUCGGACCCAGUGGAUGAUUCCUUUCGCAGUCCAAUUGAUCCCAGCGGGUUUACUUCUGAUUGGAGUCGCCUGGAUUAAGGAGUCGCCACGAUGGCUCUUCUCCAAAGGUCGACGUGACGAGGCCUUGCGGAACCUUAGCUGGAUUCGGAAACUCCCGGUCGACGAUGUGUAUAUGAUGGAGGAGAUCUCCUUCAUCGAUGCGACUUUGGGAGAACAACAACGGACGAUCGGAGCUGGAUUCUGGAAGCCUUUCAUUGCGGUCGGCAAGAGCCGAGCGGUUCAAUGGCGGUUAUUCCUUGGAGGCAUGCUCUUCCUAUGGCAGAAUGGCAGUGGCAUCAACGCAAUCAAUUACUACAGUCCGACUGUUUUCAAAUCCAUCGGUAUUCAAGGGACGAAUACGGGUUUCUUGACCACGGGCAUAUUCGGGGUAGUCAAAACCGCUUUGACCUUUGUCUGGUUGCUGGUCCUGAUUGAUCACCUCGGUCGACGAAAGCUAUUGAUGGUCGGUGCAGCAGGAGGUUCAAUGUGUAUGUGGUUCAUCGGAGCAUACAUCAAGAUCACCAAUCCUGCAGCAAACGCAAAGAACACUGAGCUUUCAUCUGCUGGAAUCGCUGCCAUUUUCUUUUUCUAUCUGUGGACUGCAUUCUAUACUCCCUCUUGGAACGGCACUCCAUGGGUGAUCAAUUCCGAAAUGUUUGAUCAGAAUACUAGGUCACUCGGUCAGGCUUCUGCCUCGGCGAAUAACUGGUUCUGGAACUUCCUCAUUUCACGGUUUACUCCGCAGAUGUUCUUGAAGAUGGAAUCUGGUGUCUACUUCUUCUUCGCGUCCUUAAUGAUCCUCUCCAUCAUCUUCGUAUGGUUCUUGAUCCCCGAGACGAAGUCGGUCCCAUUGGAGGCGAUGGAUCGAUUGUUCAAGGCCCGACCCGUCAGAAAGGCAAACAAGAUGAUCCUGGAAGAGAUCAAUGUUCAGGAUGAAGAGUUCCGUCAAGGUGCUGGGGUCAUCCUGGAUGAAAAGGAUCAGGUCCAGCAACAGGAGCGUGUCAGCACUUGAGACCAGUUCUCGGGCAAAUCUUGAGUACCAGGGGCAAGCGGGACAAUCCUGCGACACAUCUCAUAUAUAUCAAGCUAGUUACAUUAUUAUCAAGGAGCGCAAAUGAUUUAUCGAAGGUAUCAAUUUAACCC